UCCUUCUCAUUUUGGUCUUUUAUUACAGAAGUCUCUGGAAGCAUUUCCGUGGCCUCAGCAUGUGCCUCUUCCUCUUGCUAUUCCCAUGCUACAUGGCGUACAAGAUCUCCCACUUUUUCCAUAUGGAUUUUUGGCUGUUGAUCCUGGUCUCCAGCUGCAUGCUCACCUCUCUGCAGGUAACUGGAACGUCCCAUUAUUACCCUAACUGCAUGUCUGGGGGCUGGAGUCCACUCACCAGACCAUUCUAUUAGUUGCUCCAUUCUCCUCCUGCACACUCUGUGCACGUGUGCUCUGAAAUUGUAUAGAGAGGUCACCUUCUCACAACCACGCACACCCCAUACUGCUGCCACUUGCUGUAACGAUCAUAACAAAUCAUAUGUUUAACGUUUGUAACUGGGAUGGUACCCGCAACUAUAUUGUAAGGAAUAGAGUCAAAAUUUCUUCCAUACUUUGUGUUGGCAGGACUGCCUGGCAACGAAUAGAUGUUUUUCAUUAUAUAUAAAAAACGUAUGGUAACGUAUAGUGAGGUAGUGUUCAAGUUUUAGAUGUUUUAUAGAUACAAUCUCAGUGAUAAUUUGCCUUUCGUGGCAAAACAUCAUGGAAGUUGUAACCUUUGAGGUCAUGGCCAUUCUCCUGCAUCUCAUUGUUCCUAUUUUCAACCUUUAAAUCAUAACAGAUGUCAUUGUUCCGAUAGGGGAGUGAUAGUAAGGAAGCCGGUAUGUCCGUGUUAAUGAGGUAAUUUCCCAAGCUAGGUGACUCAGGUAGGUGGGGGCAGGAUGGAAGUGGGGUUGCGUUUAUGCAUCCUUAGAAAAGUAAUGGUGGAGUUGCCUUUGGUGCUGAAGAAGGGGUAUGUAUCUGACAUCUUAAUCAAUUAAAAUGUAACUUAUCCAAAGAUAAAAUAUAUUUGUUUGGCAUAAGGUGAUUGCUUAAACUGAAGCUAUAUCUAUUUUAAUAGACAAUGGAACCAGUUUAAUUUGUUUUGUUCCCCCUGAGUUAAAGUAAAGUGUAUUUUACAUUUGUGCUAUCGGUGUCAAACCUUUACUCGAUUUUAUUCCUAGGUUUUGGGAACCCUGUUUAUCUACACCUUAUUUGUGAUCGAGCUUUUCCAGGACAGCCGGGUGGAGAUGAUGGAUGAGAUAAUAUACUGUGUGAACGCAGUGAGCCGUGUGCUGGAGUUCUUGGUGGCAUUGUGUGUCGUUGCUUACGGCUCCUGGGAGUCGAUCUUUGGAGAGUGGAGCUGGAUGGGUGUCUCUGUUAUCAUUGUCCAUUCUUAUUUCAAUGUCUGGCUACGAGCACAAUCUGGCUGGAAAAGCUUCCUACUGAGGAGAGAGGCCGUUAAAAAGAUAAAUGCCUUGCCCAAAGCCACCAUGCUGCAGCUGAGGGCCCAUAAUGAUGUGUGCUCCAUCUGUUUCCAGGUAACACUGUGGGAAUGGGGUUCAGAAACCAGAGGAAAACCAUUCCUACAUGUUGAUAAAGAGAAAUAUCUGUCCUGCCUCAACUCGUGUAAAAUAUGUCCUAUAACAAGAUCUACAAAAUUAUGGCUUUGGAAGAGUCUUCUGUGUUACGUGUGCACUGUGUCAUUUUAACACAUGCAUUUGGUGAUUCUUAGGCCUUGGUUACUGAGCUGUCACUGAUUGUUAGUGCCAAUUUAAGAUCACAUUUCAGCCACAAAUUACAACACAGUCAUGGAUUGUGAGCACUGGUGUAUGAUGUCGUAUCUCGUAACAUUACCGGGUUAACAUGCAGUAUGAACAAUGGUGUUAUGAUGUCAUACCUCGUCCCAUUACUGUGUUGGCAUGCAAUAUGAACAAUGGUAUAUGACAUCAUACCUCAUCUCAUUACCUUGUUAGCAUGCAGUAUGAACAAUGGUGUUAUGAUGUCAUUCCUCAUCCCAUUACUGUGUUAGCAUGCACUGGUGUAUGAUGUCAUAUCUCUGUCCAUUACUUUGUUAGCAUACAAUGUGAACACUGGUUUAUGACAUCAUACUUCUAUCCAUUUCUGUUUUAGCAUGACCUGUGGCGACGUUUGUAUGAUGUCAUACCUAUGCCCAUUGAGUUAUCAUGCAGUGUGAGCACUGUUUUAUAUCAUCCCUCAAUCCUCAGUUACUGUGCUCUGAUCCACUGUGAUAUAGGCUUAUGAUAUCAUACCUGGUCACGUGCUGUAAGUUCUGGUAUAUUGGACAUGUUUUGGUAUUUGUAUAUCAAUGAAGUGUCUGUAGGGCAAGGAGCUUGUUUAGAUAUUUCAUAACUGUAGUUGUCCAAUCAGAUACUUCUUGUAGAUAAGGUUUAGGUUUUUUUUUUUCCACUAAUCCAAUGCCUUUCAAUGGGAAUCAGUGAAUUAAUAACUGAAUCUAUUGGUGUCAGAAGCCUCUAUAGGCCGUUUGUCUGACAACCACUAAUUUGCAUAGGGCUUGGCAAAUGUAAACCGAGCCAAUACUGAUAAACUGUACAACAGCAAGGCUGCAGGGGACACCUCUACACCUCAGAUUCACUCAUGAAGACCAGUGUGUUUUUGAGUAAAUGUUCACUUAACAUUGUUUUUGGUCUUGAUCUUGUAGGACAUGACUGUCUCAGUGAUCACUCCCUGCAACCACUUCUUUCAUGGGGAUUGCUUACGGAAAUGGUUCUACGUACAAGACACAUGCCCCAUGUGCUUCCAGCAAGUGAAGCCAGAUGUACUAAGUAGCAGUGAUAGAGAAUCAGAGGCAGACAGUGAAAAUGGAGAAGAUGAUUUUGAACACCUAAUAUCCGAGGCAGAAGAAGACACGGACUCCACUGAAGUGAAAGUGACUAAGAUAGGUGUAAACGAAUGUGGUGAAGAGUGUAGGAAUGAAAUUAGCACUAAUGAAGACGUACAAAUGGAGAGUGAAUUGAUGGGAACCCAUAAAAGGGUGCAAGCAGUAGAUGCAGAAGUUGGAGAGAAAAACAAAGGGGUUGAAAAUACUCAAGAAAAACUGGAUGAAGAGUUAGUUUGGGGUGAAGUCGAGGGUCUGCAUGAUACGACCGUUACUUGGGAUUGAUGUGAUCAUGUUGACUGCUAGUAAAGUGGAUAAAUGCCUGGCAUGCGAGAUGUGCCCCACAGUACCCUAUUUUCGGGAACUGGGUAAGAUGUAGCUUGGUUGGUUUAUGAUUGCCAAUGCUAAAAGGGGUAAGCUGAGGUUGGUCAGUAACUGGCACUGCGAAAGGGUAAACUGAGGUUGGUCAGUAACUGGCACUAAGAAAGGGUAAACUGAGAUUGGUCAAUAACUGGCACUAAGAAAGGGUUAACUGAGAUUGGUCAGUAACUGGCACUAAGAAAGGGUAAACUGAGAUUGGUCAAUAACUGGCACUAAGAAAGGGUUAACUGAGAUUGGUCGAUAACUGGCACUGCGAAGGGGUAAACUGAGAUUGGUCAAUAACUGGCACUGAGAAAGGGUAAACUGAGAUUAGUCCAUGAGUGCCAAGUAUAAAGGUCUAAGCUGUGAUUGGUCAGUAACUGACACUGAGAAAAGAGGGUAAGCCGAGCUGGGUCUCUGAUUGCCAGGGGUAAAGGGCUAAGUUAAACUUGGUCAUUGGUUGCCAGUGUAAGUAAAUCCCACAGAACAGUUGACAGACUGCGGAAAUCAUCAGUUUCUCCAGUUGUGGUGUGAGCAAGUUCCCUAAAAAAAAACCUUUGCACAAGAAACAUGUAUUAAUGAAGUGAAACGGCGCUGGAAGCCAAUAAAUGAUAAGAGAGAAGAUAUAUAUAGCAAGAGAUGAAGUUUCAAAAUAAUAAGAGGUGCUACUCCAGUAUAAGGAGAUUGUAAAAAUCUGCUUGUUGUAAUCAGCCUAACUACUACUGACCAUCGUAUGGAGGAAACGUAGCCUACCUCAUACGCAAUGAAUUACUAGACCUGCAGAGUUACAGGUUUACCACCAUCUGCUUCCAUGCUGCAUUGAUAGGACAGCUCCACUUAAGUGUAGAACAGUGGGGGCUCGGUUAGUGCCCACUGUAUUUAUAGAAAACCUAGAAAGACAUACUGGAGGCUAUAUAAUCAUCUCAUUGAAUAAUGAACGGACUCUUCUACAGGAGCUGUGUCUGAAUCCACACGCUGUAAGUCCUAGUCUUUAAAUCCUCCCAACAUGCAAGGUAUCUGGAACUCCUUAAGUGAAGACCAAUGAUGACCGGUUCGUUGUGUGCUCAUGUAAGGGGAUUCCAUAAACCUGCAGUACUGAGAGGGGCUAAACACCUGUGUAAUGAAGGAACAUCUGUUCAUUUCAUACAGUAAAAAUAUCAAAUCACUUGCAGUUCUGGAGUAAGGAACAAGACAAACACUGACAAGUGGCCUUACAGCAGAUACAAAUCUGGAGGACCUAUGGACUUUUCCUUUGCUCUCUGCUAGCCUUUUUAUUCUCACCUGGAGUGACUUAUUUUGUUAUACCCUGCUGCCUUUUUCCUCCUAUUAUGCAAACCUGAAAGUGAUGAAUUUAUAAAUAAAACUUAAAAAAAAAA